CCCGGGCCCCCCAGGCCCCCCAGGACCCACCCCGAGGUGGUGGGGCCGGACUGGGACCAUGACCAAAACCGACUCGGUGGCCGGGGUCCCUGAAGAGGAGAAGCCGCUGGCCCCGGCCCCACCGGACCCCCCGAGCCCCAUCCUGGAGCGGAGACAGAAGCCUGUGGUGCACCCCUCGGCCCCGGCCCCCCUGCCCAAGGACUAUGCGUUCACUUUCUUCGACCCCAACGACCCCGCCUGCCAGGAGAUCCUGUUCGACCCGCAGACCACAGUGCCGGAGCUGUUCGCCAUCAUCCGCCAGUGGGUACCCCAGGUGCAGCACAAGAUCGACGUCAUUGGCAACGAGAUCCUGAAGCGCGGCUGCCACGUCAACGACCGGGAUGGACUGACAGAUAUGACCCUUCUCCACUACGCCUGCAAGGCCGGGGCGCAUGGCGUGGGGGACCCGGUGGCGGCCGUGCGCCUGUCGCAGCAGCUGCUGGCCCUGGGGGUGGACGUGACCCUGCGCAGCCGCUGGACUAACAUGAACGCUCUGCAUUACGCCGCCUACUUCGACGUGCCGGACCUCAUCCGCAUCCUCCUCAAGAGCGCCCGGCCCCGCGUGGUGAACUCCACCUGCAGCGACUUCAACCACGGCACCGCCCUGCACAUCGCCGCCUCCAACCUCUGCCUGGGGGCCGCCAAGUGUCUGCUGGAGCACGGAGCCAACCCUGCCCUCAGGAACAGUAAGGGGCAGGUGCCGGCCGACGUGGUGCCCGACCCCAUGGACAUGACGCUGGACAAGGCGGAGGCCGCCAUGGUGGCCAAGGAGCUGCGGACACUGCUGCAGGAGGCCGUGCCCCUCAGCUGCGCCCUGCCCCGGGUCACGCUGCCCAACUACGAUAACAUCCCCGGGAACCUGAUGCUCAGCGCUCUGGGCCUAAGGCUGGGGGACCGCGUGCUGGUGGACGGACAGAAGGCUGGGACCCUGCGGUUCUGUGGCACCACAGAGUUCGCCAGUGGCCAGUGGGUGGGCGUGGAGCUGGACGAACCCGAGGGCAAGAAUGAUGGCAGCGUUGGGGGCAUCCGCUACUUCAACUGCCCCCCCAAGCAGGGUAUAUUCGCAUCCGUGUCCAAGAUCUCCAAGGUGAUGACGGAUGUCACGCCAUCCUCAGUCACCUCCACCCCCCGCACUCCGCGGAUGGACUUCUCUCGGGUUACGGGCAAAGGCCGCAAGGACAAGAAAGCAGUCAAGAAGAAGUCCCCCUCGGUGGGCAGCCUGGAUCGUGACGGGGUGAAGAUCGAACUGGGGGAGCAGGUUCUGGUGGCGGGACAGAAGCAGGGAGUCAUCCGCUUCUACGGCAAGACCGACUUCGCUCCCGGUUACUGGUUCGGCAUCGAGCUGGACCGGCCGACGGGCAAGCACGACGGCUCCGUCUUCGGCGUCCGCUACUUCACCUGCCCCCCGAAGCACGGAGUCUUCGCCCCCGCCUCGCGCGUGCAGAGGCUCGGCGGCCCCAAAGACCCCCAGAGCGACGGUGCAUUGGCGAAAAAAGUCCAUCAAGUCACCAUGACGCAGCCAAAACGCAACUUCACUGCCGUCCGCACCCCGAAGGACAUCACGUCGGAAAACUCGAUCUCCAGGUUGCUCUUCUGCUGCUGGUUCCCGUGGAUGUUGAGAGCAGAGAUGCAGUCUUAAACGGACCCCCAAACCUCCCGGGCCACCCCACAAUGUGUCUCCCCCCCUAGAGCAGGUGCCCCUCUUCCCCGUGGCCCCUCCCACCCCCCCCAGAAAAAAAAAUGUCUGGAUAUUUCAUUCUUGCUCUUUUAGAGAAAUGUCUAUUUUUAAAAAUAACGGUCUCUCCCUUCCCCCUUCACCGGGAGCCCCAGUCGGAACUGGGCUGCCCCCCUCCUUCUCCCUGCCCCGCUGAAGGGGCAGGGGAAGGGCGGAGGGGCAGGAAUCCUGGCUCCCAAGUCUUCCCAACACCUGCCCAUCCAAGCCUCUCCUCCCGGGGGGCCGUGGACAGGGCCGUGAGAGGCCCCUCUCACGCAGUCAUCGCCCACUCGCUGUCAAUUGGGGUGGGAUGUCAGAGGACUGACAACCUGGGGGGACCCUGGACACCCUCUCUUCCACCCCGAUUCCAGAGCCCCCCCCAAAAUCAGGGCCCUGUGGAGGGGGUGGCUUGUGUCCCAAGUUCUCUCCAGACUCAGCGUACCCUUGUUGGUCCAUGGGGGUGGAGACCUGGGGUCGGGGAGAGGGGUCUCCCCAAGCCCCGUUUCCUCUUUCUCCGCCUCUAACGUAUUCUGAGGUCCCCUCCUCUCCUCUCCCCCCCCUUUUUUUUAUUCUCUCGAUCCGAGUUACGUUGUUCGGUGAGUGCAUUGCUGCUCUGGCCCCUUCCACCACUCUGAGCGCCCCCGCAUGCCCCCCAGCCCGCGGCCCCCCACUCUCCAGAAACAGCAUGACAAGAACAGUCUGUCUCUCCGCUUCUCACCUCCCAAGCAUUAAUAAAGAGUGUUUCUAUGUG